GGCUUUGAGAUAUGUCUGCCAAUACCAGUGAGGUAUUCGAAAGAUUAUAUUACCAAGAUUCCUGCAUUAGCAAAUUUUUUCUUGUCAUGAAUGUAUGGAGCUAAGGUCACGAUUCAAGAGAAGUCAACAUGGCCAUGAUAAGUGGUGAUCCAGACGCUCAGCCAAAUUUGGAAGCAUAUGCAAUUGAACUUCGAAGAAGAACGACUGAUAUUCAUGCUGGGUUUCUUUUUUGGUGUGUUGGGGAAAAAAUUUUGAAAACCUUGUGUGGCAUUGUAGACUCUGAUAAAGAAAUUAGCCCUCCUUUAUGGAAAAUGCUCGCAUUUCAUCUAGGUCUCACCGAUCAUCAAAUAGAAUGGAUUGACUGUGAAUUUCGAGGAAAAGAGGGUCCAACCUGGUGCGUUAUGCUUGCUUUUGUGCAAAACAAUGAUGCGACCUUAAUACAACUUGUAGAUGCCAUAGCCAAGAACAAGAGAUUACCCAUUGUAUUUGAGAUAUAUGAAGAUACAUGCAAACUUAUUGAUUUUAUUAAUAAUUCUACAGAGUCAAUCAAAGAUGCUGAUAUGAAAAUUAUUAGGCCCAAGGUAAUUCCAAAAGCACCUCUGGUAUUGACUCCAUUAAAUUCGUCACAAAAAAAUGUGGGUGAUGCGAAGCACAAUGAUGUACCCAAAAUCAAAAGUGUGAAAGUAAGUAAUGAAACAACUGUGAGUACAAUCGCAUUACAGUCGUAUCCCAAGCCAGGGAUACAAUGGAAUCUCAUAGUAAUGUUGACAUUCGCUGAUGAUGGAGCCCAAGCAGCAUAUCGCAUCGCGCAAGUCUUUAAAUCCUACGGAAUAGGGGCUUUGAUUUUGGAAGAACAGAAGCACCGCAGUUGUUACAAUGAGUUAGACCUUGUAGAAAGUGGUAUGCGGCAGGUUGAUUACAUAAUCCCAAUUUUGACAAGGGGAUACUACAAUGCAAUUAAAAAUGAGCCUACAGCUGACGAGAAUCCAUCCCACAAACUUGACCAAGCCUACCUAAGACACAUAUAUCGAACUUUCACAGACGAAAAUAUAACUACGAGACAGAAUAAACGAGUGCGAUGCAUUGUACCACAAGGACAACCACGGAUCAACUCUGAAUUUUAUACAUCUUUAGCCAUUUGGGAGCCAGAAGUUUCACUGCCAGAACUUAUUAACUCAAUGCUGAGGACGAAGCGAAAAAAAUUAAAAAAUCGAGUUUGUAAAAACACCUUAGAGUGAAACGCUAUCCUAUUUCAGUCGACCGAAGUUUGAACAAAUAACUAUGUGCACGAAAACAAGAUCGAGCAGGAAUAUCUGCAUUAUAACAUAUUUUUUAUAAUUUAUACAUAUAGAUCGGUCAAUAAAAAUCGAUUAUUGUCAAUGUGAAA